AUGCUUCGCAGAUCCCUCUUCCUUCCCUUACUAUUGCACUUGUUGUUGUUGUUUUCGUUCGGGUAUGCGGAUCCCGCUCCGAAUUGCACUCGGGACAGCCCCGUCGUCGAUUCGGAAUCCCAGUUCGAGAUGGUUCAACACCAGCUUCGAGGAUCUCUCAAAAUCAGAGACGAUUGUUCCUUUAGGGUUUCCCAAUUUGACAUGCUUCCCGGUUCCGACGUCCACUGGUGGGGUGCGCAGGAUUCCGAUUUCGAUAAUCUCACCGCCGGAUUCAUUGUUUCCAACGACGGAUUGAACGACACCUACAAGAACUCUACCUUCGAUGUGCAUUUGCUGAGCAAUGUUUCGUGGGGCAUGAUCAACGUCCUCGCCGUCUGGGAUCGCGCCGGCGCAUCCGAUUACGGCCACGUCGUGCUUCGCAGGGAGGAACCGGCGAAGCCUCCUCCGACGGUGUUCCAGAAUUGCAAGGUUUUGUCGAAGAAUUUCAGGUUGAGGUGGAGUUUGAACGUGUCCGGUGAUUCUCUUGAAAUUGGGUUGGAGGCUGUGACUAGGAUCACCGAUUACAUGGCUUUUGGGUGGGCUGACCCUCGCGCUGAAGAUUCUGAUCUCAUGAUUGGUGCCGAUGUUGCCAUCGGAGGGUUUAAGGAAGAUGGUGUACCCUUUGUGGAUAAUUUUUUCAUUACGAAGUAUAGUGAGUGUGUCAAAAAUGAUGACGGAGUUGCUGUAGGGGUUUGUCCUGAUUCAGUUUAUGACGGGCCUGAAGGGGUGGGUUUAGCAAACAGUUCAAUGUUGGUUUAUGGGCAUAGGAAGGAUGGGGUGUCCUUUGUUAGAUACCGAUGGCAUUUGACUAAAGUUACUGGAAAUUAUGAUCGCCCUGUGAAUCAUUCAGCAAAUAUGAAGGUUAUUUGGGCUCUGGGGCCUAUUAAGCCUCCUGAUACUAUUAAUCCUUACUAUCUUCCUCAGAAUCACGGGGCUGAGAAUUACGGUCAUUUGGUUUUGAAUGUCUCGGAGCCUGUUAAUGACUGUACUGGACCCUUGGAUGCUGAAGACAAAGAAGAUCAAGGUGUCAUCAUUGCAGAUGCUAAUGUUCCGCUGGUGGUAUCUUCUGCUCCGGCAAUGCAUUACCCCAACCCUCCAAAUCCUGCAAAGGUGCUUUACAUCAACAAAAAGGAAGCUCCCGUCUUGAGAGUGGAAAGAGGGGUGCCAGUCAAGUUUUCAAUCCAAGCCGGGCACGAUGUUGCACUUUAUAUUACUUCAGAUCCGCUUGGUGGAAAUGCAACCACGAGGAAUAAAACUGAGACUAUUUAUGCUGGUGGUCCAGAGGCCCAUGGAGUUCAAGCCAGUCCUACAGAAUUAGUUUGGGCUCCUGACAGGAACACUCCUGAUAACAUCUACUACCAUUCGUUGUAUGAUCAGAAAAUGGGUUGGAGGGUUGAGGUGGUUGAUGGGGGUCUAUCAGAUAUGUAUAAUAACAGUGUCGUCUUGGAUGAUCAACAGGUUACCUUCUUUUGGUCAUUGUCAAAGGAUUCCAUAUCUAUUGCAGCUCGUGGCGAGAAAAAAAGUGGUUAUCUGGCCAUAGGAUUUGGAAGCGGAAUGUUGAACAGCUAUGCGUAUGUGGGUUGGAUGGAUGAUACUGGUAUGGGACAUGUAAAUAGUUAUUGGAUUGAUGGAAAUGAUGCUUCAAGCAUACAUCGAACACAGGAGAAUUUGACACAUGUGAGGUGUAAAACAGAAAAUGGCAUUAUUACAUGGGAGUUUACACGUCCCUUGGACCCAUCUUGUAGGCGAGAAAAGAGGGUAGAAUGUAAAAAUAUUAUUGAUCCCACUACUCCAAUCAAAGUUGUUUGGGCAAUGGGUACCAAAUGGACUAAUGGUCAUCUUACUGAGAGGAAUAUGCAUUCUAGUACAAGUAAUAGGCCAAUCCGUGUUCACCUGUUGCGUGGGUCAGCAGAAGCAGAGCAGGAUUUACUUCCGGUUUUAGCUGUGCAUGGAUUUAUGAUGUUUGUUGCAUGGGGUAUCCUGUUUCCUGGAGGGAUAUUGGCAGCCAGAUACUUAAAACAUCUUAAGGGUGACGGAUGGUACCGGAUUCAUGUUUACUUGCAAUACUCAGGGUUAGUAAUUGUUCUACUUGCUCUUCUUUUUGCUGUGGCUGAGCUUAGGGGAUUUUAUGUCAGCUCAACACAUGUUAAAUUUGGAUUUAUUACUAUAUUGUUGGCUUGUAUACAGCCAGUAAACGCUUUCCUAAGGCCUCAAAAACCAGCAAAUGGGGAGCAGGCACCCUUCAAAAGGGUUAUUUGGGAAUAUUUCCAUGCAAUUGUUGGUAGAUGUGCCAUUGUUGUUGGCAUUGCUGCACUUUUUACUGGGUUGAAGCAUCUAGGAGUCAGAUAUGAUGUGGAAAAUGUCCAUGGACUCCGUUGGGCUAUGGCAAUUUGGUUCUUAAUUGGUGUGUUGAUUGUUAUUUAUUUGGAAUACCACGAAAGGCAGCGAAUAAGGCGGCAGACAUUUGAAAGAAGCAAUUGGGUGCUUGAUAAUUCUGAGGAAGAUGAUUCACUUGAUCUCUUGAGUCCAUCCAGAAUAACUGCAGAUAAAGAGUUAGUACCAUCUGUGAGAAUGGAAGUUCAGCUAGAACCUUUGAACAGAUAA